AUGGCUGCUCCAUUAUCUUCAAUCAUCAAGAAUGAAAACAAUUUAAAAAGAACAAAAUCAUUCGGUAUACAAAACCAAUGUGGUGUUAGCUUUGCUCCAAACAAAAAAAUAUGUUUGUCUCCAAUGUUGUCUAGAAGAAACUCUGCCACUAUUGCUGCUCUUUAUAAUGACAAUAGUUCAAGUGAAUCUUCUGAUGAAGAUGAAGAUAAUUCUCAAGACGAAUCUUGUUAUAUGAAUAACCAAAGAAGAGCAAGAAAGAGAGCUUUUUCAUUAAAGCGUUCUUUGAGUUUUGCUGAUAAUAAGCUGAAUGAUGCUGUUUCAAAAUAUAGUGAUGUUGAUGAAGAUGAAGAAGAGGAAGAAUCUAAGAAACAUCAUAGUUCUAGAAGAUCCAUUCCAUCAACAGCUGGUAACUCAGAUGUUGAAAAGAAGAGUUUAAAGAAAGAAAUUGAAUCUGUUGUCCCAGAGUUAAAGAAAUCUCAUCAUCGUGAUUCUAUAACAUCACAAAGUUUUUCUGGAGAUUCUAAAAGUCAAAUCAGAAGAUCAAGCAUUGAUUGUGAUCAAGUUGCAAGAUCCCGUUGUUUUGAUUAUUUGGUAACUGCAAUUGACGAAGCUUGGGCUCGCUAUUGUGAUGCUACAACUUAUGCUGAAGAUGAAGUUUAUAAUAACGUUGACCAUUUACCAAAUACUCCAGCUUCUUUAAACUUUUCAGAUGACAAUGAAGAUGAAGAUGAGGAAGGAGACGGAGAUAAUAAUGAUGAUGUUUAUGACGAAGUUGAUGAUGGUUAUAAGUCAGCAUCUACAAAUUUGACUGAAUAUGAUAGUGAUUUUGAGUUAAAAAGAAGAGUUAGCUCUCAACCAAGCAGUGUUAGAUUACAACAGUUGAAAGAUCGUUUGCUAAAGGCUAAAUAUUAUUUACAAGAUUUUAUUGAAUCUGAUUCAUUUGAUGAAGCUUGUGCUUUUUGGAAACGUUGGGAUCUAAUCAAAUAUGCCACUAUCGAAUUGGUUGAAGAUGAUGAUGAUGACGAAGUCAUUGAGUCAACAAUUGAGGAUCUUGAGAAAGGUCGUUUCUAUGGAUUUUCAUAG